AUUAAAUUCUUCCAUAAGUGGGCUCUAUGGCAGUAUGGCUGCUCCAGUAACUGACACCAACAAACUCAUUUGGAGUGUCAUAGAGGUGGGACGUCCAACAUUCAGGUUCUCUUGGAGAUGGUCUCAUUUCUGAUUGCUCUGCUGGAAGUUAUUGGUUGAUCCAAGUACCCAACAUGCAGUCAAUUGCAUGGGAAAUCUAUGAUUGAGGCAAACUCCUCUUUCCUUUAGAAACAUGAAGAUUCUUUGAUGCAUAAAGCAGCAGUUGCAGAAAUGUUAUUUCUUCUGGAACCUAACAAAAAGGCUGUGGCUAUCAAAUUAAUUGAAGAUUCAACCAACAGCCUGGAGUGGAGCACUUGGAGCAAUGAUUAUCACGGAAUUGAAACUCGAUGUAUUGCAGUCCACAAACUCCUAGGAACAAUUGUGCCUGACUGA